AUGUUUGCACCGAUAUACCGACCCGUAAGAGGGAAGCCUACAUUUUCUUCCAAACGCAGCCAAGUCCGAAAACGCAAGCGUGAGGCAGACAAUGAAGACUCUACCGACGAUGAGAUUAUCGACCUCAAAUCCUCGCCCCCACCAGUAAGCGCACCAGGACCACCACAACCAGCUUAUCACCAUGCCAUAAACAGGACAGAUCCAUACCACGUAGCUGGACUCAGUCGAGAAGAUGCGCUACCACCUGCGCCGUUCCCACAUGCUGCUACGAAAGCCAUCAAGCAACUGCCCUCGAUUGAAGAGGAAUUUGAUAACUUGAAUCCGCCACUCUACGUGCCCAAGGUUGCGGCCGAGGAUCAAAGUCAGUCGCUGAAACGUCGACACAUCGACAAUCUGACGACUUUACUGCAUACAUGUACGCUACGAGGGGACUGGGAGCGGGCAUCUCGAGCAUGGGGCCUUUUGCUCCGCACUGAAGUGGCAGGCAGAGGCAUGGAUGUUAGGCAGCAAGGACGGUGGGGUAUCGGUGCUGAGUUGCUUAUGCGGCGCAAAGCUGCGUCGGAUCAGCAGACGAAGCCCUCCGUCAGCAGUACUGUUCCCGAAGAUGAAGAUUUCAUCCAGGAGAGCGAUACAGUAAACCAACCUUUCUCAGACGAAGGCUUUAGAUUGGCUCGGGAGUACUAUGAGCGCCUGAUUCUGCAGUACCCGUAUACUCAGUACACACGCCACACCAUCAACGCUCAGGUCUUCUAUCCGGCUCUGCUAAAUGUAUGGGUGUACGAGGUACAACACCGAUCGAAACGACGCCGGAAGCUAACUGCAGAGCAAGACCAAUCUCUUGUCAGCUCGAGUCAAGCCUCUGACGACGGCUCACACAGCAGUGACCGACGACAUGUUCACGAAGCGCGAAGACAGGAGCUUGAGGAAGCACUUCCCAUUGCUCGGCGGAUGGACGAGCUCAUGGUCAGUCCACCUUACGACAGCAGCGUGGCUCUGCUCCACCUGCGAGGCAUGGUAGGGCUUUGGGUAGCGGAUCUUCAUGCUAGCAUAGCCAACGCUGCUGAGACGGAAGAAGAGUCCAGCGAUUACGGUGUGGACGGCGAUUUUGACUCUGCUGAGGCACAGCGGUGUCGUGAUCGCUCUGAUGCUGAGCGUCGAAAAGCACUCGUCUGGUUGAGGAAAGCUAAGGCCGCUGGUAGUCGGCUGCCGAACACUGUGGACACGUUGCUUGACGCUGAUGACAGAGGCGGAUUAGAGUAA